ACAUAAUGCUUAACUCCAAGUUCAAGGCCGCAAAACCCAGGUAUCAUUACAGCUACUACCUCAUCCUCUCUAAUACAGCUGGGAUCGUGGUCCGUCCCCACUUGCGAUGGACUCCAGUGACGCUCACGCGCAGACCACAAGUGUGAGCGCCUACGGACCCAGCAGCGACCCCGGGCAGGCCUUCAGCAAUGCGGCCAGCGACGACAGUGCUGCCCUCUGGCCGGCCACGCCUGUGCAGCUCGCCCGCGGGCGCCAACCACGCGACGCGCAGGCCAAGGUUAUCACGCACCAUGUCUCGUCCAUGGACGAGUUCAAGACGGCCCUGCGCGAGUACCUGAGUACCCCGCCCGAGCAACCCGAGCACACCGAAGCGCAGCUGUCGUUCUGGAUUGGCACCAGCUUCAUGGUGUUGGCGCAGUCGCCGCUCCCGCCGCCGCCGCCGCAGCAGCAGCAACCACACCUCGCCGCGCACGCGCACGCGCCCCCGCCCCCAGGCUACCAGCCUGCGAAUGGCUUCCAAGCCCAGUAUGGCGGGACUUCGCACUCGUACCAGGCGGUGGCAGGCCCCGCGGUUGCUAUGCCACUUCCUGAGUUCCAGCAGCCAGCCGUCCCCACGGACAAUGGCGCUGCCACCAAGAGGCCUGAGCACAAGGUCAGUCUGAGCAUUAUGGAGGCGCUGCAGCCGACCGGAGACCCGAAGGACAAGAUGCGCAAGCAGCGCGCCAUCGCCAAGUGCUGCGUCGACGCCGUGCAGCGGAUAGACGGCUAUCGGUAUAGCUUCCACAAUUGCUGGAACAGCAGAGAGGACGACAGCUUCCGCUUCUCGUACUACUGCAACGACUCGCUGCUCAACAAGGACCGCGCUGCGAAUGGCAAGGGCGCGAAGUUGGGCAAGCGUGCAACGAAGCCCGUCUACGACUGCAAGGGUGUCUUGUCCAUCAAGUUCUCGGCGACAAAGGAGACGCUGGACGUCUUCUACAAGCACUUGCCUGUGCACAAGACCUACGAAGAGCGCGCGCCCCCGCCGCGCAAGGACUCGAAGCGGCGGAAGUUUCUGGAGGAGCACGAUCCUGACGCCCUGGCGAGGUUGGUCAAUCGACCGAAGGAGGAAAGCGUUGAGCCCAUGCCUAGACCGAAGAAGAAGAAAGCGAUGAAGUCAGACCCCCCCAGGGCGUCGAACACGUCGCUUGAAAGCGAUUUGAGGGCACAAAGUCUGCAGUCGCUGUUGCUGCUGAUCCGAGACGACCCUUCUCUGCCACCGAAACCACCCGCCCUUGAGUCUGAGCCGGCUCAGCAACCCAUUCCCGUGCUACAAUCGCCCAGCCAGCCGCCUCGGAGCCAGCCGACUCCGCAGCAACAGCAGCGCAAACGGCCCAGAGUCAGUUGUGACGUCUGCAAGACCAAGAAGACAAAGUGCGAUGGCGUCCGCCCGAUUUGCCAGACUUGUUUCGACAAGAAGCGAGAGUGUUUCUACUCAGACCCUCUUUCCAGCGAGGGUCGACCAUACUCAAUGGCCGCGAGUGAACCCGUGCACCAGGCACCCGCCCCUAGUAAUGAGCUGUCCGAAUUGGAGAAGAUGAAGAGGGAACUUGAAGACGCAAAAGCACGUAUACAGCAGUUAGAACAUGAAAAACGAGCAUCUACGACGCCUGUACCAACUCCGCAAACAGCCAUACGUCCACAAUCACAACAGCAAUCGCAGCAGCAACCGCAACCUCAACCACACACUCAAGUUCAGCAGCGCCCCUCAAUAACCCAAGCACAUUUACAAACGUUUGUACAGCAAUCGCAGCAGCAGCAGCAGCAGCAGCAACAACAACAGCAAAAACAAAGCAAACAGCACCAACAUCAGCACCAACAUCAGCAGCGUCAGCAGGUGGCCCAAAACCAUCGUCAACAGCUCCAACAGCUUAAUCAAAACCCUCAGCGUCGCAACAGCCCCCAACAGAUAGCUUACAAUUUGGAUGGCCAGCCAGUACAGCAGCAGCAGCAGCAGCAGCGACUGCAAAGCCCACAGCAACUCUCGCAGACAGCACAACAGCAGCUCCAAGCUGCACAGCUGCCUAUCCACGCCCAACAGAGCUUCUUCACAGCUGCAAACCAUCAACCCUACAGCGCGCUGAAUCGCUCCAUGACACAGGGCCCCAUGACCUCACAGUCUGCACAGAAUGCGUUAUCUAAUCAAAAUGCAUUAUCGUCGUCUACUGGACUUGGGCAAACACAACAGCAAGGUCAAAUGCACAGCGGCGCAAACCUUGCCAGCGGCGGGUCUGUUGAUACUAGCGGGUUGUAUGGGAGCGUCGGUCGAAACGAUCUCAAUUGGCCGCCAACGUAUUAUGGAUACCAGAGCGCGCAACAACAACAACAACAACAACAACAACAACAACAACAACAACAACAACAACAACAACAACAACAACAACAACAACAACAACAACAACAACAACAACAACAACAGCAGCAGCAGCAGCAAGAUCAAUGGGGUGCGGCGCGCGGAUCUAAUGUUUUCCGAUAAGACUAACCAAGGUCAUGUUCGGCGUUAAACAGCAUCGCAUUAUACCCAUCAGUUUGCUUUCUUGUAUAACCUGUAUAGCUAGGCCUGUAUUGCGCCCUUGGGAGGAUGGGGGCCGAGUAACUCUAAGGAAGGAGAGAUUUUAUGGAGUGAUGCACUGCAUAGAGUCCAUCCGAUGAGAUUUUGGAGACCUUCCAGUAGCUGAUGACUGCGUUCGUUCACUGCACGGUCGUCUCUUCUGCUAAAAUGCAGUUUGUUGUUACCAGGUAUGGCGAGCGUAGCACCAAAUGUC